CAUUGGCAUGAGCAUGGGCUCCUUUCACAACAUUCUGGAAAGCUAGCGAAGUGAGUUUACAUUCACUUCUUGCUGGCUUUACAUUGUUAGCAGUGGCCAAUCCUGCAUGGCAGCUAUGCUUUGCAGAAGCUUUAGUUGACUGAUAUGUCAGGAUGCCAGAUCAAUCGAGAAGCUGGAGCUCAAAGUCUAACAUUGGGACGUGCCGCAUUGACUGGACCUACUAAAGUUCGAACCGCAGUUGGCAGAGCUGCCCGUUCCAGCUCCUCUUUCGCAUUAUGAGUGAGAAUUGCAUUUUCGCACCAGUACAUUUUUAGGUGCUCAGGACCCUCACCACAACCUGAAGUUUGCACCUCAGAAGUUGGUUUGCAGCUUGAUAAGAGUGCACCAGCUGCCUCGUCAAAGCUUGAAUUUGGAUACUACCGAAAAGUGACGCCUGUAAUCCAGCUAUUGACGCACUCUUGUGGCUCUGAGAUUGGCUGGCCUUCAUUUCCAUCCAUGGAAAAGUCGGGCCAAGCUCACAAGGCACAUGGAGCUUCCCUGUUCAUCUUUGGCAGCGUCCUGGGAGGAACAGGUUUUAAGCCAGGCACUCUAUGUAAGUGGAAGCUGGUGGCUGGGCGAGACUGGGUGCUGGUAGCUGGGGCAAUCAGCGGGAGCACGCAGUGUGGCAUGCCAGGAGGGGUAGAGGGAGACGAUCUGGCGCUCUGGGAGCACCCACUCAAUGUGCACUUCAAGACCCAGACGAGCCAGGGCUGGCCGAAGUUCUGCUUCACAGUCUUCCAUCGCAGCCCGUACUUGGGACGGGACGAGUUCCAGGCUUACGGCAUCUGCGCUCUCCCGACCACCGCCGGGGACCACGAGCUGACCUGUCCGACGUGGCGGCCCAACGACCGGGGGAAUCGUCGGGGGGACGAGAUCGCGGGCUUCUUCACGGGGAACUUGCCCGAGCUUGCUGAUGAGUCCUUUAUCCACGAUCGAGACGAAGCCUUCAGCGCCUCCAUCCAGACCGUCGGCAUGGGCACGGUCCACCUCCGGCUGAGCCUCCUCUUUAAAGACUUCGACCAUUACGCGCCGCUGUCCGGUCUGACACGUGGCGCCUUCUCGAGCGGCCUGCGCGCCUCGCGCAACUUCACGCGGAGGCGGGUGCGGGAAACCGGGCCUGACGCGGGCCUGACGCAAGAGGGGGCGGGUGCCUCGGGGGACGAAGCAACCGGGCAGGAGGAGCGGAAUUCCGCUUUUCGGUCGCAACGGAAAGGGGAGGUGUCGGAAGGGGAGGAGCGGCGGCGGGCGCAGCUCGCGGACAGAAUGAUUCGGACGGUUACUAGAAAUAGGGUUAGGGACACCGACUCCGAAAGGGAGGGAGAGGGGUCUACCUUUGAGUCGAGGCGGCUGUCGAGGUCAGGGUCACACAACCGGGCGGGUCUAGAAUCGGGUUCGUCGACAGACCGGGUCACCGACAGAGUUACGAACAGGUUUGCGGACCGGUUUGAGACAGACAGGGUCAGCGAAAGGGUUACAGAGAAAACAACCGAGCGCCGCCAAAGCCGAAGGAGCUCUGACGUCACCUCCGAUCGACUCCUCUCACCUGAAAGAGCAGCCGACUCGUCGUCCAGCCGAAGACGAUCUUCAUCCGGGGGGCCAGAGAGCAGGGUGCCCGACCCCCUCGCUUAUGGGGAAUCUCGCUCCAGGGGGCCAGAAAAGCGGGGUUCUGACCCUCCCAGCGAAGCCCGCGGAGUGUUCGCGCGACUGGGGCGAUGCUUGGCGGAGGAGGGCGCGAGCGCGCGCGCGCUUUUCGAGGGCGCGGACGCGGACGCGAGCGGCGCGCUCAGCCGGACGGAGCUGCGGCGGCUCGUGCAGCGGAUUUUGCCGGGGGUGUCGGCUCGCGAGCUUCAAUACGUUCAGCUCAUGUUGGACGAGGGCGGCACCGGACGCGUCACGUGGCCCGAGUUCGAGGCGCUUGUCCAGGCGUGCGCAAGCAGCGAGCAGGCGUCCCGGCAGCAGAUCCGAGUCGGCUCCGCGGAAGCGGACGUUAUGCGGACGCUGCGUUUCAUCGCGUCGGACGACCCGGCCCGUGUGCGCGCGCUGUUCGACCAGUACGACCGAGACAAGAGCGGUUAUCUAGACCAGGCGGAGCUACUAUCAAUGAUCAGGGACCUGAUGCCCCCCAUGGACGUCCGAGACCGUCGAUUCAUCAUCGCCAAUCUCGCGUUCCGAAUGGACGCGGACGGAGACGGGCGCAUUCGAUUGGACGAACUGCUUGGAAAGCUCAAGGAAUAGAGGCCAGAUCUGCCGGCUGCAUGAUUUACGUAGAUACACACGAUUUGCAGCUCUUAUGUUUGCACAAAACUUUAGAUGAUAAGACGGCCUUGAAGCAUGAAGGGACUUGUACCACUGGUAUAUCAAGAACAAGGGCAGAAUGUCGAAUAAUUGACCGGUUCGCUUCUCGGUAGAUGUCCUCUCGAGAGAUCUAGUCGCAAGGCGCGGCUG